AUGAGGUUUGUCUUUUCUGUGUUGGGAACGUUCUUCAAAUUGGGUCUUCAACCAGAUGUUAUAACCUUCUCCACUAUCAUCCACGGGUUUGUUCUCGACAAUCAAGUGCCUGAGGCUGCACGAGUUUUCACCAAAAUGGUCGAGGGAGGUCACUGUAAGCCCAAUGUGGUUGUUUGCAACACACUUAUAAAGGGCUUCUGCAAGAUAGGGAACAACAGUUUUGCGAUUCAGUUGCUUACGAACAUGGAAGAGAGAGGUUUUAACCCCGAUACAGUUUCCUAUUCCACCAUUAUCGACAGUCUCGCCAAGGGCACACUCAUUGAUGAAGCAUUGAAACUCUUCGCAGAAAUGAUCAGGAGAGGCAUUGCUCCAGACGUUGUUACUUACACCUCUUUGAUUCAAGGACUUUGUGAUAUAGGCCGGUGCAAACAAGCUACCAGGUUGUUGAAUUAUAUGGUGAGUCAAAGUGUCUUUCCAGAUCUGGUCACCUUUAAUGUCUUGGUUGAUACACUCUGUAAGGACGGGAAGGUUGUGGAAGCUCAGAGUGUGAUUGAGAUAAUGUUUCAAAGACAUAUUGAGCCUGACACGAUCACAUACAAUUCGGUUAUGGACGGUUAUUGUUUGCGAGGAGAGAUGGAUGAGGCCGAAAAAGUAUUUGAUCUAAUGGUUUGGAAGGGCUCCAUGGUCAAUGUUCGUAGUUGUAAUAUAUUGAUAAACGGAUAUUGCAAGAGUAAAAAUGUCGAUCAGGCUUACAGGGGCUUACAGGGUUUUCGAGGAAAUGACUUUUAG